CAUCAAGUGUGUUCAGUCGUCUUCUUGAUUAUAUAUGCGGUAUUGUCAUUGAUAGUCGUUCAUUUCGACACCCUUCCAUGGCCUCACAGGCCGUCACAAAUGCGUGGCUUCAAGAUGCUCGAAGCCAUGCGGACGAGAACGAGCUCGACGAACCCAACUAUUUCGCAUCAGAUCCUGAAUCUCUUAUAAGUACCUCCAUAACAUCCAAUUUCAGCAUUGGCACAGGCGAACGAAUACUCACCGAAGCCUUCUCGAAGUGUGUCUCGACCAAUCAUGAACUCAUCAUAGUAACCUGCUUCUGGGCAAAAUCAUCCUCUCAAGAAGCUAUAUCGUCACUACUUCUCGGGCUAUCAGAGAAAGCCUUAUCACAAAACCACAAGAUCCAAGUCAGGAUAUGCUUCUCUUCUUCUUCUAUCCUUCAAAGACUGACUCAGACAUCCUCUUUGGAUGGCAAAAUUUGGCCCCCUUCUUCAUGGACCAGUCUUGGUCUUCCUCCUCAGGGACAACUGGAAGGGCUCGAAAUGAUCAUAAAGAGCGUCUUCGUGCUCCCAUUCAGUGUUAUGCACCCCAAAUUUAUCCUCAUGGACCGAAAACUAGCAUUCAUGCCUUCCUGCAACGUCAGCUGGGAGAACUGGUUCGAAGGGAGCAUUGAGCUCGAAGGUGGGAUCACUGAGAAACUAUUCAACUUCUGGUCAUCUUUUUGGUCAAGAGGUGGUGCCUCGUUACCCUACUUACCUAAGGAUAUCCAAGAAUCAACGACCUCAGACGAGAACGACGACGAAGAGAAAGAAAUCCAAACAAUUCUCCUCCCGUCGCCUCACCACAUCAACCCACGCUUCCAACCUUUCACUAAGUCUACACCUCCACCAACACCACUUAAUCUCUUCGUCUUACAAUUAUUCACGCAGGCUAAGAGGGACAUCUACAUCCAAACGCCAAACCUCACCUCUCAACCCGUCAUAAAUGCUCUCUUCUCCGCCCUCGAGCGGGGCGUGGAUAUCCACCUCAUCACGAGCAGCGGGCUCAUGAUUCUAGAACAACUCGCUACAGCAGGUACUAUUACUGAGUACGAGAUCUGGAAACUCGGUCGACGCUAUCGGGCUCUAUUGCGGAACUACAGCAAGUGCUCGGAUCCGGAGAAUAUGAUGGAGCAACCGGGUGUGUUGAGGAUUGGGUAUUAUCAUGCUAGGCAGGGAAGGAGGGAUGAGAAGGAGCCGGUGAAGAGCCAUUUGAAGUGUGUGAUUAUGGAUGAGGAGGUUACGGUGCUGGGAAGUGGGAAUAUGGAUCGGGCGAGUUGGUAUACGAGUCAGGAAUUGGGGAUUGCUUUGUUUUCGAGAGAGUUUGCGGGGUAUGUGAGGGGUGUUGUUGGAGAAGGGUUAAAAGAGAGAGUUAGAUAUGUUUGUUGAUACCCCCUUCGGUUUCUGAAUCCCUAAGCCAGGCGUUCAUGUUUGCGGCGAAGAAUAGAAAACGGCAGUUUGCAAAUACAUCCAAACCACAAGGGAAA